AUGGCCUUCAACGUGUACUACGCUGCUUUGGGACGCGAGGAUCGCAUGGAUGGCAUCGCCCAGGCCAUUGCUGACAUGACGCCCGACAUUGCGGUCAUCACGGAGCAGUGGAAGGAAAAGCCGACAAUCCUUGAGAAGAUCAAGCAGAAAACUGGCAAGUACUAUGAGUUCUGCAAAGGUGGCGAGCAGGAGAAGUGGUGGGACGGAGACAUCCUCUACCGAGCCGACCUGUUUGAAGUGGUGAAGGACUCCAUCAUGGAUUGGGGUGCAAACCGCGGCCUCUCCUGGGCAGUGCUGAAGCAUCGCGACUCGGGCAAACAGGUCUUGGUCUACGGCGCUCACCCGGUUUGCUGCGGCAACGAGCCCAUCCAUCUUGAGAAUGCACUGGAAUUUGCGGAGCACGCGAAGAAAACGGUGGCCGAGUUUGCCGACACUCCCAUUGUUUACAUGGGCGAUUUCAAUGCCCUGGAGGAUUGGAAAUCCACCCGGCUCUACUUGGGCGCCGAAGUGUGGGAAGGGAGUCGAAGCUACAAGAUUGACUUCAAGUUCCGAGACGCCUUCCGCGACGUCAAUGCUGCACACGUUUCCGCCACAACGCACAACAGUGGCGCACGAUUGGACUAUAUUUUUCUGGAGAGGGGAGAUGAGAGGCCGCAGCCCAUCACCCAAGGUGGGGAUUCAGGGUUUAGGGUUUGGGCAUUAGGGUAUAGGGUUUUGAGCUUAGGGUUUAGAGUUUAA